AUGGCGGCGUCCAGCAACGCUGAGCAUUCUCCAGAGAUAUCCAGACCGUUGAAGAUACCCAAGACCGAGGUGCCAUCCCCUGAGUCUGAGGAUUUGAGUGACAGUAAUCAAUACCACUCCGAUCCCUCCACGCCUAACCGAUUUUCUCCUUUGAACGUGGGCUCAGGGGGCCCGGGCCGGACGGCGGCCUCGUCUUCCUCCAACAGCUUCACGGCUUGCCGGGGGAUGUCGUGGACCCCAUCCGAGACUAACGCCCUGAUCGCGGUGUGGGGCAACGAGAGACUGACAGAGGCUAGGAUGCAGCAGCUGGAGGUGGCAGGCACCGUGUUCUCCGGUAAGGCCCCCGGUCCCGCCAUGUACGAGCGGGUGUCCAGAGCCUUGUCGGAGCUGGGCUACGAGAGGACCCCGUCCCAGUGCAGGGAGAGGAUGAAGACGCUGCGGCGAUGCUACAGCCGUGUGAAGGAGCACGGCAUCGGCAAGAGGAAGAGCAGCUACACUAUAGAACAGCUGGAGAAGGUGUUCGGUCAGGGAGGCUGGGACUCCCAGAGCUGUGCCCCUGUGCUCAUCAACAGCAGUGGCUUGUAUCAGGAGAUGGAGUCUGAUGGCAGCACCCUGGAGGACUUCUCCCAGGAGGACUGGUGCAACCAGGUGCUGGACUCUGCUUUCCAGGAGGGAGAUAUGGAGACUGAAGAAAUCCAGGUGCCUAAACACAGAGCUCUACAGAUUCAAGCAGAGCUGUCAGAACAAACUCAAAAAAGGGACAUGAUGCAGACUGUGAUGCGUAUCCUCGAGUCAGUGCAGCUGAAAUGGGAGCACUUCCAGACGUGGACAGAGUUCUCGCGGCUGCACCUCUCCAACAAGCUGGCCAUCUUCGGCGUAGGGUACAACACGCGCUGGCGCGACGAUGUGCGCUACCACUACGCUGAAAUCAGCUCGCAGGUGCCGCUGGGCAAAAGGCUCCGUGAGUACUUUAAUCCGGAGAAACCAGAGGGCCGAAUCAUCAUGACCAAAGUUCAGAAGAUGAACUGGAAGAAUGUUUACUACAAGUUCCUGGACAUUACCAUCAGUGAGGCGCGCUGUCUGGAGCUGCACAUGGAGGUGGACUGGACCCCUGUCUCCCAGUCCAGAGCAGCAGGCUGCAGCACAGGCACAUCCCACUACCUCCUUCCUGGUGACAUCCCCAAGGCCUACGGACUCUAUGCUAUCGGCUAUGAGGUGGUGUCGUCUGCUCAGAACUCCCCCCACAGCGAUAGUCAAGACCAUAGCUUACCUCAGUGCGAGUCGGAGAACGGGGCGCAAAGCUAUGAAGCAGCAGGGAAGAGUGACAGGACCGGAGCUAAAGUCACUUACUGCUUCCUAGGCAUAGCUGAGGACAGGACCAUACAGCAGUGUCUCUUCCAGCACUUUCAGGGUUCGAGCAAGCACUACGUCCACAGCGAACCCUCAGCCGUGACGCGCUUCCUGCAGGAGAACUGCCGCGUUGGUGUCACGUACGACGAGGACGGCGAUGGAGGCGAAGGCUCGACUCAACGUUUGGCCAUUUACAUGAAAUUCAUAGAGGUGGAGCUGGACUUCCUCUCAGCAGGCUCCCUGGUGGAGUGCCUCGAAACUGCUGUGGGUUAUCCCUUAAAAUAUAACAACAAAGAAACGUGCUAA